GAAGCAAACAAUAAUAGCCAAAUAUGAACGACAGCGACGUACAACUGAAUCGAAUAUUGAAGUAAAAGCAAUGAAAGAAAAAUAUGCUCGUGUUAAUUCUGGUCGUCCGUUGAAAAAGGCAGAAUUAUUCCAGUUAGCUGAAAGAGAGCAAGAAAAAAAAAUUGUUUUACAGUCUAUAAAUAAAGAUGACGUUGAAGAAUUGGAAAAGAAAACAUUAGAGAUUCGAGAAGAAUUAGAAAAAAAUGAUCCAGAUAUGAAAAAUGUUUAA